AUGAUGCAAGGGAACGGAGACCCACCUGCGGACGGUUCACCUUUAUUUCCCCGAGAAGACGACAUGAGUGAGGGUGAUUUAGGAGAUGGUGGCAUGGGCGGAAGACCCACACAGCAUCGCGACCGGACACAACGAUCACGAAUCUGGAGCAAGGGAGACUUUGUGGAGCUGCCACACCAAAUGGUGUUCCACAAGAGACCAAGUGAAGCGAGUGUGCCUUUCACCUGGACGUCAUGCGGGGGCAUGUACGCUGUUUUCAGGCAGGAGUUGGACGGACAGCGGCUCUCAACUCGUUUGGUGGGGAGAAAGUCGGAGAGUUUCUUAGACGACUCAAGUGAAGCUCUACAGAAAAGAUUACAGGAAGUGACGGAGGAGGUGGAACUGCUGCGGUCGGAGCUGGAGGUCACGCAUCGUCACCUGCAGGGCAAACACGAAGCCCUGAGGAUCUUACAGGGACAAGCUAUUUUAGACAAAGCAACCAGUCAUACCAAAAUCCUGCUUCAGAGGAGCGAGGAAAGGACCAAGGCUUUGGAGAAGGAAGUGAAUGCCUUGCAGUGGGAGAUUACCUUUAAUCAAGUUCAGUUUAAGAAUGUGGAGCAGUCCUGGAGGAUAAACUAUGAAAGAAUUUGUGCUGAGAACAAAACAUUGACUAAAACUCUGGAGGAAAGAACAAGGGAGCUGCAGGAACUUAGAGAAGAAAACAGCUCUCUGAGUCGGCAGUGUUUGGAGCUCUUGGCAAUGCUGAGUGUUCGGGAUAGGACCGACUUUCAGCGAACGCAACCUCCCAACACAACUAGAGGAGAAAGAUCAGCACUGGAGCUGGCAGUGUUUGGGGCCUGUGAGUGUUUUCCAAAAGUAGGGGAACCUUGCCCGUGUGCCCAGAGAGCUGCCGCAAGUCGAAAGCAAGUCCUCAAAUUAACGCAAGAGCUGGACACUCAGAGGAAGAGAGCGGAGGAGGCAUUCGUGAUGGCGGAUGCGUUCCGUAUCGCUUUUGAGCAGCAGCUGAGGAGAGGCAGCGAAAACGUGCUUCGACUGGCAGAGACGGACAGACACAGACCUCACUCACAAAGUCUAGAACACGGCAAACAAGGGAGUGUGGCUCAGAGACUGAAAGGGUUACUGCCGUCGGCUCGUGAGGGAAAAAUCCCAGAAGAUACUCUGCUGAGGCUGCUUGACCUGCUUAGCGAUAAGGAGGAAGCCCUAGCGCACCAGCGGAAGGUGAGCUACAUGCUGGCCCGCAGCGCAGAGGAGCUGGAGAAAAGGCUGCAGACACAACUGAACGGCGGAGACUGUGUUCACAAAAACACGGGUAGAGAAGGAAAUGCGGACGCAAGCCCAAACGGAGUCACAGACAAACGCACGGACAAAGACACACGCGCAAACACGAGAACGGUUGCCUCUAACCACGUGAGCUUGGAUCCAGAGACAGACCGUGUGAGCCCCGGUCCUCCUGAGUCUGUUCGUGUGUCUCUCUCCAACGACCAAGGGAAUGUUCUAGAAGACCUGAACAUUCAGAAGUGCCAGAACUGUGUUUCCAGUCAGCCUCCUAAUGAGAAAAGGGAGGUUAUCUCAGAGCAUGAACAAGAGGGCUGA